UGUGUUCCAGUGUACUGACUGUGGAAAGAGACUUAAUCAGUUAUACAAUCUGAACAAACAUCGCACCAUUCACAGCAGUGAGAGACUGUUGUCUGUCACAUUAUCUGUGUGGGGACGAGAUUUCAACUCAUCGUUGAAUCUGGAGAGACACAAGGCAACCCGCACCAUGGAGAAACCAUGGAAAUGUGGAGACUGUGGGAAGGGAUGCAAAGCUCCAUCAGAGUUGGAGAUUCAUUUACGCAGUCACACUGGGGAGAGGCCAUUCACCUGCUCUGAAUGUGGGAGAGGAUUCACUCAAUCAUCCACCCUGCAGAAGCACCAGCGAGUUCACACUGGGGAGAGGCCGUUCACCUGCUCUGAGUGUGGGAAGCAAUUCACUCAGUCAUCCAGCCUGAUGGCACACCAUAUCACUCACACCAAUGAGAGACCCUUUAAAUGCUCUGACUGUUUGAGUAGCUUCAAAAGUGCAGCAGAUCUGAGGGUCCACCAACGCAUUCACACUGAGGAGAGACCGUUCAGCUGCUCUCACUGUGCAAAGAGGUUUACAACAUCAUCCAACCUUUGGACACACCAACGCAUUCACACCGGGGAGAGGCCGUUCACCUGCUCUGAGUGUGGGAAGGGAUUCACUCAGUCUUCCAACUUGCGGGCACACCAGCGAGUUCACACCAGGGAGAAACCAUUUGCCUGCUCUGAGUGUGGGAAGGAAUUUAUUCAGUCUUCCAACCUGCGGGCACACCAGCGAAUUCACACCGGGGAAAGGCCGUACAUUUGCUCUGUGUGUGGGAAGGGAUUCACUCAUUCAUCACACCUACCGAGACACCAGCGAGUUCACAAGUGAAUGCAGGGGUUGGAUUCUGCUGUUAUUGCUGCUGUUAAUCCAGGACUGAACCAUGUUCAUUCUGACAAUUGGUGAAGUGGGAGGGUCAGAGGGUUUCUUUCUACUGGACUGGCCGGUCUCAGAACUUUGCUUCCAGUGAGCUGAUGCUCUUUAAGCCUGGGAGCUCAUAUUUCCACUGAAAUGAUCCACAAAAGCUGAUGAAGCAUAUUUAUUUUAUCCUGAAUAGUAAAUAGUGUCUUUCCUGCCACUACAGGUAGAUUUAAAAUAAAUACAUUUGUCUCUAUUCCAUUAGUCUACAGCACAGGGGCCAGGCCAGUCGGAUCAAUUGGUCUAUGUCAGUAUUUAUGCUUCACAUGAGCCUCCACCCACCCUCUUCAUCUCCCCUCAUCAGCAUAUCCUUCUAUUCCUUUCUCCCUAAUGUAUGUAUCUAGCUUCACCUUAAAAGUAUUCAUACUAUUCACCUCAACCACUUGCUGUGGUAGUGAGUUCCACAUUCUCACCACUUGCUGGAUGAAGAUGUUUCUCAUGAAAUCCCUGUUGAAUUUUUGAACCCCUUUAUAAUCUUAAAGACUCCCAUCAGGUCACCCUUCAGUCUUCUCUUUUCUAGAGAAUCGCGCCCCAGCUUUUCAUGAGGGUUAAAUGCUCUCAGUUCAGGUAUUAUUCUUGUGAAUCUUUGUUUCCCCGCCUCCAGUGCCUUAUCUUCUUUCAAGAAAUGAAGAUCACAAGUGUUGACCAUCCUCCCAGUGUAGUCUAAUCAUGGUUCUGAACCAGUUGAACAUAAACUCCCUGUUUUUCAUUCUAUCCCUCUAGAAUGCCCUACAUAUGGGCUCCAGAUUCAAGGAAAUUUGCGAAGUUCUUCGGAAAUCUGGAGAGAGGAUUUAUGAGAUUGCCACCAUGGAUGAGGGACUACAGUUAGUUGGAGAGACUGGAGCAGCUGAAAUCUCUCUCAUUAGAUCAUUGAGUCAUUAGUGUAGGCAAUGGGGCCAUUCCGCCCAUCGAGUCCAUGUUGGCUCUCUGUAGAGAUAACCUGUCAGUCCCAUUGCCCAGUCCUAUCCCUGUAGCAGUCGAGGUUCAUUUCCCUGAAGUGCCCAUCCAAUUUCCUUUAGAAAUCAUGUCAUCAGCUUCUAGCACACUCAUAGGAAGUGGGUUCCAGGUCAUUACCACUCACUUUAAAUGCACACAAGGCUCACAGAGCACAGAAGGAGGCUAUUUGGCCCAUUGUGUUCAUGCCAGAUAUUUGAGAAACUAUCCAGUUAAUCCCAGAACCCUGAAAUUUGAUUUUCCUUUCAAGAAUCUGCCCAAUUCUGUUUUGAAAGAUAGAGUCCAAUCUGCUCUCUGCACUGUUUUCAGGCAGUGGGUUCCACAUCACAAAAACUCGCUGUGUUUCAACGCAAAUAAUUCAGGAUGUAGCAUGUCUGGAUUUUCACAAGAGUGUUUGAAAUGUUGUCAAAGACAAGGUUAUUGCACAAAAUUAAGACUCAAUCCAUAUUAUUUUGAUGUGCAGACAAAGUGUAAUAUAUCCAAAUUUGUGGACAUUUGGAAAAAAUUGCAUUUCUUAGCACCUUGCACCACCACAUGACCUCCUACAGCAUUUUACAGCCAAUAAAGUACUUCUGAAGUCUAGUCACUGUUGUAAUGUAUGAAACUGUAGGUAGGCCUGGGUAGCUAAAUUUAGUAUUAAAAAUCAAUCACUUUCACACUGUAUUCACUGUUAUAGGUAACAAGGUUAAGGAAGCCAUUUUAAACUCUAACGUGGCUGGAUCUUUAUCAUAAAAACUGUAUCAACAUAAAUGUUUCCAGAACCUGCAAGCCCAAUGCAAAUUGGUUAAACAAAGAAAUUCUUUUCUAAUUUUAAUAAAUUAUAGGACAUCAUAAUCUGCCAAAGUUCAGUUCAAGAAGAAGGCUCAUUGUUCAAUCCAAUCAAGAUUAGUAAUAAUCUAUUGUCUUCUCCAAAUUGUCUUUUUGAACCACUUGUAUCAACCAAAUCGAUUAAUUAAAUAUUACUGUAUUAAUUAGGUACCAGUCAGUAACAGCUGAUUGAAUAAGUAGUGAGCCUUAAUUGAAUUACAAUUAAUAAAUCAAUUCUGAAUCAGUAGUUAUAGUAAAAGACUGAGUUUUAUUUGUUGUAAAACUGUAAAACCUUAAUUGCUGUGUAUGUAAAGAAUGUGCAAUGAAGACAAAUGUACUGGCAAGAGAGACCUUCAAACCCUGAUUAGCCUCAACAUUUGGAACUGUAUAAGGGAUCAUAUAGAUUCAGAUAAAGGGAUCGUUUGAAACAGUUCUAUUGUAUUCCUGUCUAAGAUAAUGAAAAGAUGGUGUAAGUAAUUUGGGAUCCCAGUAAAUUAACCAAUUGUUAUGUUACACCAAGCUCCACUCUGACAUGAGGUAAUUGUCACAUUGGACAUAAAAGUAGAGGUUCUGAAGGUCUUCCUUGCUAGCCAAGUAUGAUGAUUCCCCCAGGCUGAGUUCCAAGAAAAUUACUGUCAAAAAAGGAGCCAGACUCCUGAGGCUGAAUUCCAUAAGAAUUGCUGUCAAAGAAGGAGCCUGAGAGGGUUAUGCUUUUAUGGACUGAUCACCACAUGAGGCUGUAAAGUUAUUAUUUUAAAGUUGUGAAGUAAAUCUUUUUCUUUUAAUAAACUUCUUUUAAAUUUA